AUGGGUGACUAUCCAACAGAUGGCAUUAAACUCUCCUUUAUAAAGGAUCUGGCAAGAGGUGACCUUCUGGACCAUCUCAAGCUUUGUGAUGGCACCAAAGCAAUAUUCUGGGAUCCAAAAUUAAAGGGACCAUUCAAUUUGAUAAUAGAUUGGGCAGUUCUGAAGCAGCAUGGUGUGAAGAAAAUGUUUGAGCUCCAAGAAUACAUACCAGACGAAGUAAUUGAAAAUAAGUGGCAGAGUGUUAUAAUGUUGAUAAGGCCUAACCUUCCUAUGAUUGAUAUGAUUCACAAAGCUAUUCGUUCUGUGUCAGUUGCACAGAGAGACAAAAUAGAUUUCCAUAUCAUUUUCGUGUCAAGAAAAUCAACAAUGUGUACUCAGCGACUGGAAAAAUACAAUAUUAUUGGCGAAUUUAAGAACAUUCUGGAACUAGAACUGGAUUUGAUUCCGUUUGAUCAUGAUCUGUUGACUCUGGAGCAUCCCCUUGGAUUCAAAGAAAUGUGUACUGAGCUGGAUGACAGUUGUCUGUACCAAGUUUCAAGAUCACUCAUGUCAUUGCAGUCAUACUUUGGAUUUUUUCCAAACAUCAUUGGAAUUGGACCGAGUGCUGCUAAAGUUAAUAAAAUGAUCCAGAGGAUGCGUAAGGAAGGAUCAGCGCACGAGAAGCCACUGACUCCCCGAAUAGAGAAUUUAGUACUAAUAGAUAGAAGAGUUGAUCUGAUUACACCUCUCUCCACCCAACUCACAUAUGAAGGACUUAUUGAUGAGCUGUUUGGUAUCAAAAACAAUGCAGCCACAUUUCCGGGUAAAUCAUUCCUGUCUGAAGAGGAACAAGCUCAACAGGAGUCCGAGAUAAAGCCAAAACAGAUUCUCCUCAAUUCCAAUGAUACCAUCUACAAUGUUGCAAGAGAUGUGAACUUUAAUGCUUUAGGUCCUUUCUUGGGUAAAAAGGCAAAGCAAAUCAGUGCUGCCUAUAACGAAAAGAACGAUGCGAAGUCUCUACAACAGCUAAAGCAGUUUGUCAGUAAGUUACCUCACAUGCAGGCGGAACGAAAAUCUCUAGAAAUACAGACUGCUAUCGCUGGAUUGGUAAAAAACAAGAUAGAUAACAGAGAUUUCCGCCACACUCUGGGAAUAGAACAAGUUCUCAGAGAAGGAAUCGAAGUUGAUAGGGUGAACGAGGACAUAGAGGAGAUGAUAUACAAGCAGGAGCCUCUGAAGAAAGUGCUCAGGUUACUCUGUAUUCAGUGUAUCGCUGCGGAUGGUCUAAAACCUAAAGUUUUAGAAUUUUACAAACGUGAGAUAAUACAGUCCUACGGGUACCAUCAUCUGAUAACUUUUGACAGGCUGGAGAAGUGUGGACUGAUGUAUAUGCAAGAAAAAACGCCCAAAAAGUCAUACCCGAUACUGAGAUCAACACUAAACCUUACUGUCAGUAACGUUAACGAGCGAGAACCCAGUGAUAUAGCGUACGUGCACAGCGGGUACGCUCCCCUGACAGUACGCCUCGUUAACUGGAUGACACAGCGCUCUGGUUUGAAGUAUCUGGCUGACAUGGUUAAACACCUCCCUGGACCCGCUUUUAAUGACCAUCAGAAGCUCAGUACCACUCAGGACCGACUGGAACACUCUGAUAACCACACCCUAGUCUACUUUCUGGGGGGCUGCACGUACGCAGAGGUCAGCGCGCUGCGCUUCCUGGCGCAACAUCACCCCAACAACGCUACCUUUACCAUAGCAACCACCAAACUUAUCAACGGCAACUCUUUGCUAGAUACUCUGAUAGAACCCUGUGGUAAAGAAAACAUUCCUGACUUUCUCACGUGACACAUAUAUAAUGCAGAUAUUAUAAUUGUUAACCGUUUUCUUACAUUCUUGAUAGCUUGAUAAAUUAUUGUUUGGUUGCGUCAGAGAACGAUUGAAUUGAAAUGUUAAGGUCUCACGCGACCUUUUUUAGGCUGGUUUUCCUAAUUUAAUUUUCCUAUUUUUUCAAGGAAAGCAGGUUAAAUAACCGUUCUUGAUAAAUCUUGCUCUUCUAAAGAUAAUUCUGAAUUUAUUGUUUUAUAUUCAAUUUGAUUGAAAGAUUUUGACAUAUUAUGUGGAUAUGAUUUCUGUUUGUAUGUACAAAUUCCCAUUGAUUUAAUAUCCAAA